CACGUGAUCCUCCGGCGCGCGCCCAUAUUUGGCGGCACACCUGGCGAAGUACAGUAAGGGCGGCUUCAUUGCGUAUAAUUCAUGAUUGCGUCCAUAAAUCGCGCACGCAGGAUUAUAGCGACAAAGAUCUACAAAUCGAGGCUUUAAAAAUCCUGCGCAAAUGAGCUCUUACUUUGUAAACUCCUUCUCGGGGCGCUACCCGAAUGGCUCCGACUAUCAGCUGCUGAAUUAUGGGACUAACGGCGCGGUGAGCGGCUCCUUCAGAGACCCUGGCACCAUGCACUCCGGGGCGUUCGGCUACAACUACAAUGGCAUGGACCUGACCGUCAACCGCGGCGGCGGAAGCGCGGGAGGCGGAGGAGGCGGUGGCGGAGGAAACGGACAUUUCGCGGCAGUCCGGGAGGACGCGCGCGGGUUCGGCCAGGACCCGGCGCGCUACCGCCAGACGCCCGGGUGCACGGACGAGCCGCUGGACGUGAAGAGCGCGUCGCCGCCAUGCGAGCGGAGCGCCACCUCCGACAAAAGCGGCGGAUUCACGGAGAUCGACGACGCCGUCGCCGCCGCCGCCGCCGCAGCCGCGUCCGUCGCUCCGGACGCGGCGGACGCGGCGCGCCAGGAACCCGGCCUCGCCACUUCCUCCGCGGCCACGGACUGCCACACGCCGCAGAUCUUCCCCUGGAUGAGGAAGCUGCACAUCAGCCACGACAUGACCGGCCCGGACGGCAAGCGCGCCCGGACCGCCUACACCCGCUACCAGACCCUGGAGCUGGAGAAGGAGUUCCACUUCAACCGCUACCUGACGCGCCGGCGGCGGAUAGAGAUCGCGCACGCCCUGUGUCUUUCCGAGAGACAGAUCAAGAUCUGGUUCCAGAACCGUCGGAUGAAGUGGAAGAAGGACAAUAAGCUGAAGAGCAUGAGCCUGGUGAGCGGGGCCAGCGCCUUCCACAACUGAGCCCCGGUAAUUACAGUAUGGAUAAUAAUAAUAAUAAUGAUAAUGAUAAUAAUUAUAAUAAUAAUAAUAAUGGCUCUAGCACCUUUGCAGCAUGUUCUUGUGUCUCUGUGCUCUUUUAAGUGUCGUGUAAAUAUUCUUCCCUGGCAACUUCAGCUCUUUUUUCUCGUGGAGGUGAAAAAAAAAAAAAAAAAGGAAAAAAUGGAAUAUAAAAGUGAGAUGCGUGCGUCAGCUCAUAAGGACUUUUUUUUUUUUUUUUUUUUUUUUUUUUUUUUUGGAGUGCGUCUGUUCCGGUUGUUUUCAUGCUGUCACGUGAUUCGAGGACGACCCCCCCGGGGCGUGUGGAUGUUUUUAGGCGGUGAUGUCAACUUUGG